GACGCUCUAGGCGGCCGCGCCGCUCUCUAUGGUGCGAUGGGAGGAGCGGCGGGGCACGGCGGGCGGCUCCGGCCCGGCGGUCUGCGAGCUUUCCGCCGGCACCAUGUCGGCUGCGAAAGAAAAUGUCAGCCUGCCGUUCAAGCUGUACUGCCUGACGGUGAUGACCCUGGUUGCCGCCACGUACACGGUGGCGUUGCGGUACACAAGGACGGUGGAGACCGAGCUCUACUUCUCCACCACGGCUGUGUGCGUCACGGAAGUCAUCAAGCUGUUCUUGAGCGUGGGCAUCUUGGCUAAAGAAACUGGGAGUCUGGCAAGGUUAAUAACAUCUUUAAAAGAAAAUGUAUUCGGAAGUCCUAAAGAAUUGCUGAAAUUAAGUGUCCCGUCUUUGGUGUACGCCAUCCAAAACAACAUGGCCUUUGUGGCUCUUAGCAACUUGGAUGCAGCAGUCUACCAGGUGACGUACCAGCUGAAGAUCCCUUGUACAGCUUUGUGUACAGUCCUAAUGCUGAACCGCACCCUCAGCAAGCUGCAGUGGUUCUCUGUCUUCAUGCUGUGUGGUGGUGUCACCCUUGUCCAGUGGAAGCCUGCUCAGGCCACCAAAGUCCAGGUGGAGCAGAAUCCAUGGCUGGGGUUUGGAGCCAUCGCUGCUGCUGUGCUGUGUUCAGGAUUUGCAGGAGUUUAUUUUGAGAAGGUCUUAAAGAGUUCGGAUACUUCCUUGUGGGUGAGGAACAUUCAGAUGUACUUAUCUGGGAUUGUGGUGACUUUAUUUGGUGUGUACAUGUCAGACGGAGCCCAAGUUCUGGAGAAAGGCUUCUUCUAUGGCUACACACACUACGUCUGGUUUGUCAUCUUUCUGGCCAGCGUAGGCGGCCUCUACACCUCGGUGGUUGUUAAGUACACAGAUAACAUUAUGAAAGGCUUCUCUGCGGCGGCAGCCAUUGUUCUUUCUACUGUGGCCUCAGUCAUCCUCUUUGGCCUCCAGAUAACCGUUACCUUCUUCCUGGGUGCUCUCCUGGUGUGUGUUUCUAUUUACCUCUACGGGUUACCUCGGCAAGACACCACAAAAAUCCAGCCAGCAGAGACCAAGAGCUCAAAAGAGGGACUUGCUACUGUGUGACGCCGUCGGUAAAAAUGGACUUUAAAAAAAACACAAAUGCAUUUUUUAAAAAUUAGCCUUAAGCUAGUCAUGAAGUGGUUUAAGUGGGAUAAGCUAAAAGCAGAAGUUAGUUCUGUUUUGACACGUGGAGUUUCCAGUGGCUGAUGCUGAGGCUGCGUUACGGCCGAGGAGCUGGACGGGCAUUUUAUGGAAGGUUUUCUUCAUCCACAUGGGACAAUGAAGAGCCCCUUACACAAGGAAAGCAGAAUGAAGGAACUGAACACUCAAUUGUAUAUAAUGUACAUAACGGAGGGGGAAAGUGGUUCUUUGUGUACUUGAUAAACUGUCUUGCCCUUUGAGGGCAGAAAUGCCCAAAAGCUUCAUAAAAAUACAUUAAAAAAGAGCAAUUACUGCCA